AUGGAGGAGCAGCAGGGCCAGCAUUGGAUGGUUCGGCUUGAGGUGACAGAGGACGAGAGGCGUGUUCGUAGCGGCGUUCCUUCUUUCGUCACGGCAAAAACGUGGAUUUGCAAGGAGCUUUGGGGCAUGGUGUUCAUCUGGUACCACGCGGAUGGUGAAGCUCCUUCGUGGGAGAUACCAGCUGAUGCACUGCCAGGUACAUUGGAGCGUGACGCUUCGUGGGGCUUCGAGCACCGAAUUCGCACCCACAUCCAAGACAUCGCCGAGAACGGCGCUGAUACGGGACACUUCGAUCAAGUACACCGAGCAAGCAGCCUCGUCGAUGGCAGGGAAUUUCGGAAGACCAUGGGCGAGACGUGGAAAGGCCGCAUGUUCCAGCACAAAUGGACCACCUCUUGGAGACCCCUGAAACAUGAUGCCAUGGUGCACAUUGAUACUUCCAUCUCUAUACUUGGCUGGAAAUGCGGAUACCUGCGCUAUCACGUCGAGGCUCGCCAGGCAGGUAGGUCCAGCCCUGGUCAUCAUCCGCCUUCGCGGCCGGAAACUAAGUACAUGCUCAUCCAGUGCCUAAUCCCCGAAGGACCACUCGAUAUUAGGGUGGUGCACAAGGUCUUCUUUCAGCCUCGGAUGAGCUGGCUUGUACGAUGGAUCUACAUUAUGUCACUACGAAACAUGGUAUGUGAAAGUAGAAAACCGCACGACUGA